UUGCUUAAAAAAGAGGGAAGGGGAAAAAGGGGGGCUGAGUUUAAUUAUCAGUGUUACCAGUAAUCAGUCUACGCCAGUAGACGACUGUUAUACAGACCUGAAUUUGUGACAACAGCUCCUAACCUAUAUGAAAAGUUGGUGUGUAUGUAGUAGAUCCAUGGGCCCUGCACUGCUUAACAACUAUCACAGACACUUCAGGCUUGUGGUGUUAUCACUACUGCUGUGUGGUAGCAAUGCAUCAACAAAAACUGAAAAUGAAGUCCCCAGUUCUGUGGACAUAAAUAUUGAGACUGUGCUGCAAUCAGCUUCAGUACUCAGGUACAAUUUGGCACAGGCCCUUGGCACCAUUCUGCAGCACCAAGAUACAGAACGACAGCUCACCUGGUGGCAGCUGGUUACAAUCCGAUGGCUACACAACAGUUUAACUUCAGGGGAAACAAACACGAUGCAACUGCUCCCAGAAGCACAAAAGAUCUUCCAAUCUCAGACAGCAUUGACACCAGAACAAGAGGUGUCAAUACUUUCACACCUUCUUUCACAGAGUUCAUGCAUUACAUUUCACUGGAACAAAAACACAGAUAUACUUAAGUCUUACAGCACUGGAUUAAUGCUGAAAGGCUUGCCAGAAAAUCUCAAACAAAUUGAGCCUUCUGAAUUAGUUCACAUUGUCAACCUCAGCAAGAAAACCUUCCUUGAAAGUAUAUUCAAGAAAAUUCAACACGGCUACAUCACCCUGACAUCAUCACUUCUGGUAGGUCUUUUAAACAACAUUCAUUUACAUUGCUUACUUCCAGAAACUCACGAACUGCUUCGUAAUGUUACAGGGGAAUUGUUCCAUAUGCAAAACAAGUUAAACAGCCUUCUUCCAAAAAUCACAGUAAAACCUCAAGGAAAUCUCAGAAAUUUCUUGUUGGAAACCCUGAAUUUCUUAGUAUCUGAGCAGUCUCCACUGCAAUUUUCAGUUAAACUCCAGAUAUAUAAGAUCAUUCCUUUUUUCACACCAGGAGUUUGUAAGAAUGUGAAUCCCCAACUAGUUGAAAUCAGCCACAAACAUCAUAAAUUAUUUCUUGCAAUUAGAGAUGAUGAAUUUCCAUGUGAUGUCAUCAGUGCCAGAGAUAUUCUUAUGUCUGCUAUUAGCAGUGGUAAGUUAGAUAUAACAAAAUAUUCUGAUAGGUUCAUGCCAACAUUUUAUGGCAAUGAUCACCUUUCUAUUCUUUUUGCUUUUCUUGCACAAUUAAGUUUUUUAUUGCCAAAUGCACAUCCAGCAUCAGCUUACGUGCAUACGCUUCUUAGUUAUGUAAAAAUGAAAUACAUCGUCUCAAAUGGAGGUACCUUCGUACCGACUGUGCAACUAGAUAUUGCGAUGCUUCUUAACUCUUUCAACACAUUAGGCAUUGAUUUGUCAGAAACAAAUGCAGAGAUAUAUCAUGCCUUUCAGAAUGAAAUACAAUGGAAGAAAAUCCUGUAUAAUUUCCCCUUUUAUCGGUAUAGCCAACCUCGUCCUUUACUUGUAGCCAUGUUACAUAAAAUAUUAGGUUCAAAUGAAAUCAAGCUGUGUCACAGAAUAAUUUUAAAAUAUUUCAUAGUGAAGGUACAAAAUCCUACACACCAAUGUCAAAAUCAGCAGAUUUCUGAAGUUAAUAUAUUUGUGAAUCCAACCACACAAACUAUAUCACUCAAACCGCCCAUUUUAUCACAACCUGUAAAUGUCCUCAAUGGAACAUUGUCUUUUGGUGAGGUAAAGCUCUCGGCAGAACCACAGAUCAUGAAAACAAUUACAACUUCAUUCUAUGACAGUGAUGGAACAUUCACAAAUGAAAUAACAAACAAAGAGCACAAAGUGAAGAUGGUCAUUCCCUCACAAAAUACUCUGAAACCAAAAUUUUCUUUAAUGCACCAAUGCUCAACUAAUGCCAAUCUGGAUACAGCCAUCAAAGCUGAAAUCAAUGACAUAUUACUACAUGCACAGAAAGUAAGAAAUGGAAUUUUAAUUACUGAUACAUACUUAGUAUGCACCAACAUGAACAAUGAUAAAGUGUAUAUAAUUGUUAAUGAUCAGACACACAUGACUACAAGUUCUGAUGUAACAACCAUAACAAGCACGCCAAUGCCAGCAUCUGCUCAAGAACUUGAAAACUCACACAGCAUUGACUCAUGUAUAAACUCCACAGAUGCAACAGUUUGGGUUGAUGUUCCAUCUUUAAUGAAAGCAGUGGAUUCUGAAGUGACAGCAGCAGCACUGCAACUUGCCAUAGAGAAUCUCACCCCAGACAUGAUUCAUGGCUUCGAUGUUACACGUCAUGAUACUAAAGGCACGUUGCUUUAUGAACUCUUAUCCUUUAUCAUCAUGAACAAUAACAUUAAUCCAAUUACUAUGAAUGUCAUCACACAUGUAAAGAAUAAUGUCCAUAUCGAUGGCCCUGGGGCAGAACGUCCAAUUUUAAUUUGCGUUAAUUACCCUUCAGAGGGAACAACAUUACUGCCACUAGCGACUCCAGAAACUAGUCCAUUACUAGUACAAAGAACUCCAAUAACAUGCAUUGACAACAUCAGCAAAGAAAAUGGCAUAAAAGUCAUCAUGAUCUGGAUUCAACCUCUCUUAACUGCAAUUGCGCCAAAUGCACCUCAGCACUCCAAAAAUAUUAUUACAGAAUUCUUAAGUAGCUCAGAUGUUUCCAGUAUGCUAAAGGGCCUGAAUCUGGAAGAAUUUCAUACAAGAGGGCAAAUGCUUGAAGGUAUAUUAACUUUUUUGGCAUCUCAAGUUAAUUUCCAGAGUCCUAAAAUAAAAGAGGCCAUUCAUAUAAUCCUUCCAUACAUACAAGUGGAAGGGUUUGGUGCACUGCAUCCAGAGAUUGAUGUAAUGUGUAGCACAAGCAAAUUUCUUACACAUUCAACAAAACCCUUUACAUAUAAUCAUCAGAUUUCAAAUAUGUCACAAAAUACUACUGCUGUAUCACAGAGCACAACAGAAGAAAUUACAGAAACAGACUCCUCAACAACACAUGUGACAAGCACAACACAAUGGAUAAUGGAAUCAGAGAGUGUAUCAGAAAUCCAGACAAAUGCAGCAACAACAGAAUCAACAUCCAGUAAUAAUUCACUCGCAUCGUCUCAAUUAUUCAACGUUUUUCCCAUGGGAAAGGAAACCAAGAAUGUAAUGUGUACAGAGCAACAGAUAAGGGUUUAUGUACCAAAUAUAAAAUCCCUGCUGAAAGCAGUAGAUGAUAAUGUUUCCCAUCAAUCCAUUGCACUCAUAUCAAACUACUUUGAAAGUAAAGACAUUGGCCAAAUACUGCAAGGAUUUCAUACUGAAAAUUAUAAAACACAAGGUGUGAUGUUAACACAAUUGCUGUCAUUUAUAAAAAUCCACUUAGUACAUGACCAGUCACAAAUUCUUACUGCAAUUGAUGAAAUAUUACCUCAUAUAAAAUUUAAUCGGUUAAACAUCCUAAAACCUGAAAUAGAAGAAGUCUGCAUGGAUUUAGUUACUGAUAAAACAAUCACACCAGCAACUACUUCAACAAUGACACAUGAACACAUGAGGACACAACCUACAACACCCAAUAAUAUAUUGCAGGUGGCACAUACAGCAGCGGCAAUGCCUGUACUGCAAAACAGUAACUUAAAGUAUCAUGAUGAAGAUAACAAUAUACUUCAAUGCCCUGAUCAUCAGAUUAAAAGAAGCAUAUAUAAUGUAACAGCUCUCUUAGAUGUUGUUGAUAAGAGUGUUUCAAAAGAUCACAUCUCAACUGUAAGAAAUUUUCUACAAGGAAAAGAUAUUAUAAAACUGCUACAAGCACUGAAUUUAGAACAAAUAGAAACAAAGGCAGACAUACUCACUGAAUUAAUUAUUUCUGUGAAACUUACAUAUCCCAUUCUUGAACAAAACCUAAGUAUAGCUCUUGAUGACAUUCUAAAUAACAUACACUUUGAUGACACAGGACUUCUGAAACCCAGUUUAUUGUGGGUGUGUCAAGAUACUGAUGAAAUCAUCCCAUCAUCCACAUACACAAUUUUGAAAAAUACUACAAAACAUUCUGAAAGAUAUGCGACAGAAAAUAAAAUUAAACAAACAAUACACACAACUGACAUAUCAGAAAUCACAUCAUCAGCAAAAGCCACUUCUACAGAUAUGACAACACAAACUACAGAACCAUAUACAUUACCAACUAUUGUACAGCUUGUGUAUGAAGAAAAUGUUUCCAACACUAUCAUACACUGUGCUGACCAACACAUGGCUGUAUUUAUACCAAAUAUAAGAAAUCUCCUCCAGGCUGUUUACAACAGAGUUUCUGUAAAAUCAUUAAACUUGGUGACCACUUUCUUUGAAAGAAAGGAUAUUGUGCAUAUUCUGAAGGGUUUCUAUGCAGAGGACUUUAAAACCGGAGCAGAACUACUCACCAACAUGCUAACAUUUGUGAAGCACACAUACCUCAAUCUUGCACCCACUAUUCUUGACGCUUUCAAUGAGGUUCUGUUACAUAUUAAAUUCAAAGAACUUGGAGCUUUAAAACCAGAUUUUAUACUGGUAUGUCAGGACACAGUCGGCAUCACAUCUAAAAAUACUGAAAUUCACACACCAUCACUCUUUACUAUAGAAACAGAACAUACAAAAAAUGAAAGGGCAAUCCUGCAAACAACAGAGGAGAAAGUUGAUGCAAUAUUAUUUCCAACAUCAACAUCAAAAGACUUUCCUAGUAUCACAAUACAAACACAUUUUACACAAAAUCCACCAAAAACAAUGACAACACAAUUAGACUCCACAGACAUAUACUCUCCCUCUACAAUUCUAACUCAACUGAGAGAUCCCAUAAUUACAGAAACCAUAACCACAAAACAAACUACAUCUUCCCUUACCACAGAGAUAACUGAGUCAGUUGCCUUGGCACAAGUACUUUCAAAUUUCAGUGUUCAUGAUGAAAGGGAAAUACACACUUUAAAUUGCAGUAGUCAAGAAAUCACUGUCAAAAUACCAAAUAUAAAAUCACUUUUGAAUGCAGUUAUAAACAGUGUGUCAAUACAAAACAUUCAACUUGUAAUUAAAUUUUUCCAACAACAAGAUAUAUUACACAUUCUUAAAGAGUUCAAUUUUCAAGAAAAUGUGACAAAAGCAGAUAUGCUCAUUAAUGUCAUAACAUUCGUAAAUCACACAUGUGAAAAUUUAAAAUCUGAUGUCCACAAUGUCCUUAAAAACAUUAUGUCACACAUCACUUUUGAUGGCCAGUUUGUAACACAAAAUGACUACAUAGAAAUGUGCCAGGAUAUAAAAUCAAUGACUAUAUACUUGCCAACAUUGGAACCUAUGUCUACUGAAGAAACAAAAACAGCAUAUUCAGCUUCCACUCACAGUACCAUAGAAUCUACCAUUACACAGGCAUCAGAAGCAUCUCUGUCUUCGACUGAUCCCGCAGACUCUGUCACAACAGUAUCAACUACAUACAGUUCAGAGAUUCCAAUUCCUAUUCUUUGUGUAGAUAAACAUGGAGGAACUAAAAUUCUCUCAUACAAUAUAGUAACAUUAUUUGACGCCCUGGACUCCAGUACACCCAUUACAGAAAAGAAUAUUCUGUUUAGUUACCUCACACAACCUGGCACUUACAACAUACUGGCUGGAUUAAAUGAAUCAUAUCCAAACAAUCACGACAUACAGGACAUCACAUUCAAUGCUCUUACCUUCACCACUUAUGGCUCACUUUUAAAGGGAAUUCUCCUAUUCUUAAGAAACAGAGCUGAUGUCCAUCAUCAUGUUCUCACUGCUAUUGAUGUUAUCCUGCCUCACAUACAAUCGGAUGGACUGAGUGCACUUCACUUCAAUGCAACAGCUGCUUGUUACACUUCAAACUUGCAUGCUGUUGCUGAGUCAACCCCAGACUUAGGAAAAUUGGGACAAGUAGGAAGUGCUAACAACACACGAAUGACACACACCAAUAACAUUUAUAUACUAGAAGACUCAUAUUACACACAAUAUACAACAAAAGAGACAAGCACUGAACAACUAUUCACUGAAGCUAGCACUCCAUCAACACAUCUCAUAACUGAAGUAUUCCCUCUACCCACAGCCUCCACUAUAAACAUAAUGGAAACUCUUACAAACGCUUCCAUCCACUGUGCUGACCAACAGGUAGCUGUGGCCAUACCCAAUAUUAAAACUCUCUUGAAGGCAGUGAAAGGAACAGUAUCUCAACAAUCACUACGCACAGUAAUAAGUUUCUUUGAAAGGCAUGAUAUAUCAUACAUACUUAAGGGGUUCUAUGCUGAUGAAUUCAAGACAAGAGGAGUCUUGCUCAACAAGAUGUUAACAUUUGUGAAAUUCACAUACCAACAUCUUCAUCCUUCUGUUAUUGAUGCCUUCAAUGAUAUUAUCUCACAAACUCAUUAUGAUGGUUUUGGAUCACUGAAACCAGACUUAAUAAUAGUAUGUCAAGACAGUGAAGUUCCACAGCACAUUAUAUCAUUACCAGAAACAACAAAAUUGGCACGUACUCCAAAAGAAGGAAUUACAGAAUCAACUGAGAUCACAAUUCAUGAAACAAAGUUCACACAACCUGAAGCUCCUACUACUGUAAAUAGAGCUCCUGCAAGAGAACCACAAGAUGCUGAUGUGACUACAUCAUGGCAAACACCUGAAACACAUGCAGAAACAGAGACAACAGAGUCACUUACACGACCAGAACUACAUAACAUCCAAUUUAGCAGAAAACAGAAAGAUAAUAUAAUAUUCUGUACUGAACAGAAGGCAGUAUCAAUACCAAAUAUUACAACUCUAUUACAAGCAGUUGAUGCAGCGGUCUCACAGGAACACGUGAAUAUUGUGCUCAGUUUCUUCUCAAGAAAGGAUAUAGUACAUGUAGUUAAGGGAUUCAAUGCAGAAGACUUCACAACUAGAGGGGAACUACUCACAAAUCUUAUCAGAUUUGUUGAAAAGAAAUAUUCAAAACUUGAAGACAGUCAUCUUUAUGCAUUCAACCAGAUCAUCUCCCACAUCAGCUCUGAUGGUGAUGAAACUGUGAAACCUGAUUUCAUAAAGGUUUGUGAGGAUGUCAACACAUUAACAGAAAACAAUUCUGUGGUGUUUGACAGUACAGAACAUGAACUACUGAAAACUGCAGAGAACUCAGACACCACCAGUUUGUCCACAAUUGUAGGUAAUGGGUUUUCUGUACCUUCCAAACACAUAUCUGAAAGCAGUAUUACUGCAAACAAACCUAAUAAUAUGCAUACAGAAGAAAUAAUCUCUCCUCUAUUUUCUGAUCUAACCACUCCAACAUACACUGGAGCUAUUAAAACUUCAUUACCAAUUAAACCAACAUCAAAAACAACAGCAGAAUCUACUGAUUUUACUGAAACAACUCAAAUGGCUGCCCAAACAAAUAAAUCAGCAGCAGAGACUACAGAAACAACAGAGUCUUACUUAUUUGUUAGUACAUUACCCAACACAUCAGAGGACAAAUUACACUUACAGAAUGAAACAUACCAAUAUUUGGUUGCAAACAACAUAAACUUAACUGUACAUUCUGAUGCUUUUGAAGUACAAAAUAUUACUGGUGUUGAAGCUGAUAUGCCUGUUACACUUCCUAAUGAAGAAACAUCUGAGACAGAAGAGCCAACAGAGGCAGAAAUCAUAGUGCCUGAAGAAUGCCUAGAUGAAGAAAGCACACAGAUGCUUGCUAUUGAUAUGCCAUCUCUAAUGCAAGCUUUAGAUUCAAGCACUUCUGAAAAAUUGAAAGAGACUAUUAUUCAAACCAUAGAUACAGCUGAGAUACAAAACGAACUGAAAAUACUUGACUGGGAUAAAUACCAUUCAAAGGGAGCAUUUUUAAAAGAUAUCUUAUUAUAUCUCAUUUCAAACAGUAAUAAAACAUGGCAUAUCAAAGACACCAUGGCUGAAGUAUUACUCCAUGUAAAAAUUAAUGGCAGUGGUGCCAGUUUACCAGUCUUCAAAUUUAUCUGUGUUUCGAUUGAUCAGUUUCCCACUGAAAGUCCAAUCCCAACUGUGGAGCCAGUUAUAAAAAUACACACUCUGGAACAGUGUGCACAAAAUAUACUCUCCAAUGCAACAACAAUACUAAGUAUCUCAUCAAUUCUGAAAGCUGUACAGCCUGCAGUCCCUCGCUUGGCUAAAGCUGUUGUUACUGCACUUUUCCACAGAGAUGAGUUUUCCAGUCUGUUAAUCGACUUCAACAUAAAAGAAUAUAAAACCAAUGGACAAUUACUUAAAGCUUUAUUAUCUCAUCUACGUACAAAAAUGACACUUGAAGCCAAUGUUCUGGAAAGUAUUCAAACUAUGCUUAAUUUCAUUAGCUUUGACGGCCUUGGUGCUUUGUCUCCAGACAUGAAAGUUGUGUGUGAUGAUGUAUCAGCUGCCUCAUUCACAGAAAAAACAAUUCCUGAAUCAGAUAUCACUACAAGCAAAAUAUCUAAAAUACCAGAAAACACCAAAUUCCAUACUGUAAAUGACGAAUUUUAUAAAAAACCAGAAGAACCUGAAAAUGAGAAGAUUGAAAUCACCAAUAAAUGUUUUGACAAUGGGACAAUGCAAAUUCUUACUGUUGAUGUGUCCCCGCUAGUGCACAUUAUUGACAGACCAAUUACAACACUUCUUCAAAUUAAAGAUGUUCUUAGAGAACCUAGCACACAAGAGAAACUGAAAAUAUUUAAUUGGGAUGCUUACCAUGACACAAAAGGAAAACUGCUCAAAGAUAUCAUAAACUUCUUAAUAAACACAGUAUCCUACAAGCAACAAGAGUACUCGUUACUUGAUACAGUUAUUCCUUUUAUUAAUAUGAAUUAUAAAGGUGCAAAAGCACCAGCCUUCAUAUUCUCAUGCACCACAGAAGAACCGACAGAAAAUGACACAAUUAAAAAUGAGAUCAAGUUAGAAGAAAUUACAGGAGGGCCUGCCAUUGUUAAGCCUUCACGUGGACAAUGCAACAAUAAGGCAACACCCAUACUUGUAGUAAAUAUUCACACUCUAUUUACUACCUUGAAACCAACCACACCCCACUUGCCUAAAGCAAUAGUCACUGCAUACGUCACUAAACCCUGCUUUUACAAAAAAAUCUCAAACUUCAGCCUGGCCAACUUCAAAACCCGUGGGGAGCAGCUUCAAGAGUUGUUGGUCUAUCUAGUAACUGAAGUUUCUGGGGACACCACAUUAAUGAAAGCGAUCGACAAACUUCUACAGAAUGUGCGAUUGGAUGGACCUGGAAAACUUCCAACUUCUAUAAAGGUUGUUUGCAAUACCACACUCAAUAAACUAACAGGAAUCCCACUGCCAAAAGUAAAGGACAUAAUCAUAACAGAGCCACCAACCAUCGAGCAAACACGACCCACCUCAGUUUUAACGCUGUGUAUACAAUCAUUGUCAGGUACUACCUACGAGAUUGAUUUCCUAACCACAUUCUCGGCUUUAAAACCGAAUGCACCACAGGUUUCUCUAACUAAGAUUGUGUCAUUUCUUACAAAACCAAACUCCUAUACAGUGCUAAAAAAUUUUAAUGUAACAGUUCACAAAACACGUGGAGACCUCCUAGCUUCAUUUCUCCUAUUCCUUGAAAAGAAACUUGAUUAUCAACAAGAUAUGAUAAAGGCAAUUAGAGAAAUAUUGCCCUUUGUUAUUUAUGAUGGUCCUGGCAGCUUGUCUCCAAAUAUGGUGCCUAAUUGUACACUUCCUGAUACAAAAAAAGUUAUACUGGACAAACCACAUCCAAUUAUAAAAUCACAUAUUCUACCACAAGGUCCAAAACUGAUUGAUAUGCAAGGAAAUGAAUGCAUGUCCCUUAGUCCUGACUCUUCUUAUAUUCAAGGCACAACUACAUACAAAGUAGAUGUACCAUCAUUAACAAAACUUCUGAAUGGCACAGCAGUUGAGGCUAUGGCAAAGCUGUUUGUUUCUGAAUAUUUACAAAAUUAUCUUCAUAUUUUAAACCUAAAGGAGUACUCCUCACGGGCAGAACUACUGAAAGGAAUGCUAUCUACAUUAGAAAACUACCCACACUUGGACAAUAAGAAGUUACUGCUUGUUAAGAAAAUGAAAUCACAUAUUCAAUCUGAAGGUGAAGGGGCACUUCCUCCACUUAUUUCAGCAUUAUGCACAAAAGGUUUGGCAAAAUCCAAUCCACAAUAUAUCAUGUAUGAAACAAAUGAGACAUGUUUCAUGCCAAGACAAUAUUCCAAAAGGGGAAUGCCAUAUGAAUUACAAACUGAAUCACUUCUGCAGACAAUCAAACCAGAGGCACCAAAGAAAAUGGCACACAGUGUCAUUUCAUUCCUCAAACAGGUCAAUGUUCAAAUGUACUUACAGGGUUUCAACAUACUUGUGCACAAAACACAAGGAGAGAUGAUGAGAGAUCUCCUCUUAUUCUUGGCCAUGAAGCCAGAAAUAAAACUAGAAUAUAAAAAAGCCAUGAGCGCUGUAAUACCUUAUAUACAUAAAGAUGGUCCUGGAGCUCUUGCUUCUGUGAUAAUCACAACAUGUCCCAAAUCUCAGGACGAGGAAGUCACUAACAAAAUACCAGUAAUUAGUAUGGAAGAAACUACAGAAAAUAUUUCUACACAAAAUACAACCAUAUUGGAUACUUGUGCUUCCAGUUCUAGUGCCAUCAUUACAACCAAGUUUGACGCUUCUAUCUUUCAAGCUCUAGAUAACAGCUCACCUAACACAACAGUGGCCAUAAUAUCAAACUACCUCAACAGGGAAGAUACCAUGCCAAUAAAAUUACACAAAUUUUACAUUAAAAAGUAUAAAACAAAAGGUGAUCUGUUACAAGCAUUACUAGCUUUUAUCUGGACAGACGAAGAUAGCCACGAAGAUAUUAAAGACGCUGCAAAAACUUUGUUACCGCAUGUCAUAUUCCAUGGACCAGCACAACAGUCUCCAAAUCUGAAAACACACUGCUAUAUUCCUGAAGGUUCCCUUGAGCCCACUACAGGUUCUGACAGCUUACAUCCUUCAACACUAGUAUACCCUAGUGACAAAACGUGUGUAACCAACGUUACACAUACUCCUGGAAUAAUCAUUUAUAGAAUAGAUAUACCAUCACUUUUCAAAGCUCUGAAACCUGACAUUCAACGUGAAUUCUACCUUUCAGUAGCAGUGUUUCUCAACAAACCAUAUGCAUAUAAGUACAUACAUGGAAUAAAUAUGGAGAAGUAUAACACACAAGGAGAACUUCUACGAGCUAUAUUAACUGUCCUGAGAUUUACACAAAGACAACUGGAAAGGAAUGUGAAAAAAACCCUUAAUAAUAUGCUUUAUUCCAUUCAUAUGUAUGGUGCACGUAAACUUCCGAUUGAGAAACAAACUGAAUGCAGUGCUCUUUUAAUGGAAGACAAACUGCACACAAUAGAUCUCAAGGAACUAUUAAAAACCAUUGCACACCAUAAACUUAGAACUGAAAUCAGUGAAGCCCUGAAUGUCAUUACCGAAUUUACAACUUCUUCCAGAUUCAAUUUAACAGAAUAUCUUCCAUGGCUGGAUUCUGAGCAACCUAUUACCCAAGGUGAGCUAUUAAAACUUAUCUUACUACAAAUUUUGGACAAAAAUCCUAGUAUAAGACAACAUGCAAUACUAUUAUUGCCAUAUAUACAAGAAGAAGAAGGUGUUGGUAAGAAAGUAGUUAAAAUUGGCACAGAACAGAAAGCAAAACCUUCAUUUGCAUAUGAGACUGAUUUCUUACAGCUUUUGCAUGUUUUAAAACCAGAAGCUCCUAAGAAGUCAGUUGCAGCAAUAUCCAACCUGUUUGGUAAACAGGAUAUGUAUAAAAAUUUGGAAGGUUUUAAUCUUGACACAUAUCAGACUCAAGGAGAACUUCUUGUAGGAAUCCUUACACACCUUAAAGGUAUAUAUGAUGAAAACACUGAACUUGGAAGAAACAUUUUACAGUUGAUUCCUUUUGUUAACCAUGAAAAUACUGGUUCUCUACCUCCUAUUAUCAAGAAGAUCUACAUUACAACAAAUGCAUCUGUGAAUGUUUUUAUACUAGACCUUGGCACUUUAUAUAAAGUAAUUCCAAGGAACAACUUAACCAAGGAAGGGAAACAGGCAUUGGACACGAUAUUUAAGUAUCUGUCCAGAAAUGAAACUGAUUACCUUGAGUUACUGCAAAGUAUCAGUUCACAGCUUUCUCCUAAGAUACAACUGAAGCUAAUCUUAAAUAAACUGAAGGAGGUUGCUGAUAGUUCUUUAGAGAGUUAUAUAGAUAUUUUACUUGUUUAUCUGGAAGAACAACUAGCACAUGAUUCCUAUCAAGAUGCUGAACAUAUACCAGAAAUGGACUGGAUUGCGGUUCUGCAAGCUAUACCUCAUGUAGGGGUACCUGUUGAAAUAAUAACCGGUAAGAAAGAUCUGUACAGAUUUCUUUUAUCAGAGACCUUUAAGAAUGCUGUUCAUAACUUCCAUAUCAGCCUAAGUCUCAAUAGAGCAAAGUUCCUGAAGGUACUGUUGGCGUACCUGCGUAGCAAGUCAGAAGUUACGAGAACAGAAGCAAUAAAGAAUGCAAUUGCAUAUGUAUACAUGUUUAUAAAAGACGAGGGAGCCGGACUCAUGUCAGUACAAGAUGACAUCUUAUUACCAGAACAGUGGGAGGAAGCUAGAAAUGCACAAAAUCACAUAAAGGAACUUCUCUAUCAAGUCCUUGAUCUGACACAACAGGAAGGUGCAUCUGAAAUCUUACAGACACUACAGAGUCUGUUUGAUUCAACAAAACUACAUUUAGAAACUACAUAUAUAGGUUAUAAUGUCAUUGAAGAAUUCCCACCAAAGGACAGAUUGAUCAUUAUACUGCGGAGAAUAUAUCACAACUUUAUAAUGUUCUUGGAUCAAGACACCAUUUCUGCCAUUGACAUGGUUUUCAUUAGCCUCGGUGAAACAAAAGAACACACACCCCAACUUCUCCAUUUCCUACCAAUUAAUUUGGAGGAACUGCUGAAGACAGUUCUAGGGCCAGACAUUCCAAUAUUAGUGUCUGAAGCUGCAGAAACAAUAAGGUCAUACGUGAAUCUUAAAACUGUUCCACUGGGAAAAGCUUUCCAAGAUACAGUGCCUAGCAUCCUAAAUCUCAAUCCUUCCAACAGACUGGCUGUUGUGUUGAGAAUUCUCUGGAGAACUUACUCAAGGCAUCAUGACAGUAAACUUCUUGAUGCAAUCAAAGCUGUGUAUGAACACAUACAGCCUCAGAAACGUGGAACUGAAAUACAAAGUAAAGACCAUCACAUGGCAAUUAUAACCGCUCUCACUAGCUUAGUUCAAACAAACGCACCAUCAAACGUUCAGGAUGCUAAACAGGUAGUGAUUGACCAUCUUGCUGCUGAGCAAAAUGUGUAUGACAAAGCUCUUGCCAGUCUAGUUACUAAAAAUCUCUCUUCAAAAGCAUUAGUAGCCCGUGCACUUAGAAGGUUUCGAGAACAUCAAUAUCAAAUGAAACCUAAACUGUGGAUAUCCGUUUCAACAAUUUUUGAGUACUUUAAUGUCUCUGAACAUGAUUCUACAGAAGACGAGACUGACGACAGCUUCGAUUUAGUGGAUGAAUUUAAAUACCUCACCGAUGAAGCUGGCAGUGAAGUGGCUCCUGCCAAGAGGAUAUUAAUGAAAUUCAUGACUGACAGAAAAGAAGAAAUGUUGAAGAUAUUCCAUGGCCAGAGAGUUCUUUCGCAGUUUGCUCCAAAGGAAAAGAUGGCAAUUCUUCUAAGGAGAUUAUUACAUAUAUAUGGAGAAAAUCUAGAACCUGAAAUAGCAGAUGCAGCUGCAAACAUUCUGAACCAUCUUAAGGCUUCCAUUGCAACAGAGGAAGAUGAAGGCAAGAUUGAUAUAUUCCAAUUAUUAGAUGCAGUUAUUGAUCAGUCUUCUCCAGAUCAUGUUAUUGCAGCCAAAAAUUUGGUAAAGACCACACUGCUACAAAAUCCAUCCAUGAUCCCACACAUAUUUAAUGGAAUUGUUAUCCAAGAAGAUUUCAAUCAACACAGGCAAAUUACGAUUAUUCUACAACGCAUAUACAGGAAGUUCAAGCUGGAACUAAACAAAGAGAUGAUGCAAUCAUUAAUAAUACUAUUUGAUCAUCUUGAAAUCCCACGUGACACAUCUGCCGAGGAUCAGUUUGUAGGAAAUGUUACCAUUGAGCUCAUAUUCCAAAAAGUAUUCCCUAAAGAAAAAAUACCUGAUGAAGUAGCAGAAGCACUGAGGACAGUUCUUGAAUUGUUCAGUUCAGAAAAGAUAGAUGUUAAGCAAAUAUUGCACGGUGUACAUCUGUGGAAGUUACCAACAGAAACACAGGUGUCACUUAUCUUAUACCGUCUCAAAAAGAAUGCAGAUUUGGACCAUGCGGGUAAAGAAGCAGUGAACACACUUCUCAAAAGUUUAGAUGCUGACAUGAGUGAGCUUACAACAGAGGAUGUUGAUGAAUCCUACACUGCUGAGAAGUUGUUCAAUGAAGCCCUUGCAAAUAAGCACUUACCAGCUGAGGUUCAGGAAGCAAAGGGAAUAAUUAUUCACUUCCUGUUGUCAGGAUCAUACAAAGUGAAGGAUGUCUAUCGCGGAACAGAUUUUUCAACCAUUGCAUCCGCUACAGAACGUCUAGUGAUUAUCCUCAAGAAUAUGUAUUUGAAAAGAGAAAUUCUUGGCACUAAGAUGACUGAAGCGCUUCAAAUAAUGUCUGGUUUUCUUCAUGUUAACCUUGGAGACCAGGAAAUUGACCCACACACAUUUGAUUUUGGAGGGGUCUUUAACAGAGCAGUUCCAGCUAUAGCUCCCCAGAGCGUGAAACGUGCAAAGAACUUGUUACUCAGAGCCAUAAAGAAACGGCCAGUUACUUUUAAAAGGAUACUUGGUCACAUCAGUGUUGAAAAAUAUCAAAAUGACAAUGAGACUGUUUAUAAAAUUUUGAAAGCUAUUGCAGAAUAUAAGCACCAUUUAUCUGUCAGAUUAAGAAUGGCUACUGAGAUGAUUCUUAAAUUCCUAAGAGGUGUGCCCAUUGACGGUAAGCACCAAUCAGUGUUGAGAGAAAAUGAAAGUUCUGGUGAAAAUGAAACAGGAAGCGAUACUGUUGGUUCAAGCAUGUUUGGAGAUGAAACACUACCAAAAAUUAACAAAAAAGGGUGAAAGAAUAAAAAGAUGGAACUGAAUUAUGUAUUGCCCUAUAAAAAUAAUCUCAUAACACAUCUCAAAUGCAAUCAGUCCACUUCCAAUUAACAAUACCACCAUUCAAUGCUUAAAAUUGAAAUUAGUACUAAGCUUCAUGUAACAUUAGAGUUUCUUACAACACUAAAUAAAAUGCAAAAGAUACUAGUAUAUAUCAAACAGCCGAGCUUUCACACUGUAAUAGGUUCGUCUAAUAUUAAUUCAAGCACUGCUUACCUUUAUUUUGUAUACUUCAAGCAGUCCUACCAGACUCAAAAGACUGCAUGAAAUGUAGUUUUAUGUGCUUAAUACACCAUGUUUCUAUCUUAAAUAGUCUUCUGCAUUUGUUGUUGUUGAUGUAUCUAACUUGUUAAGUGUGUCAAUACAUUUCACAGAAAAAGCA